GUUGAAUCAAUCUAAUACCAUAACUUAACAUAAUGAUAAAAUUAUUUAGAAUUUCCUUAAAUAUUUUUAUAAUUUAUAUCAUAUUUGUCAUAAAUAAUUUGACUGAAGCUUUACGUUAUAAUCAUCAAGGAACUGGCGAUGAAAAUUGUGAAACUAUAAAAUCGGAAAUACAUUUAAUUAAAGAGGAAUUCGAUGAAUUGGGACGAAUGCAACGUACCUGCAAUGCUGAUGUUAUUGUCAAUAAAUGUGAGGGUUUGUGCAACAGUCAAGUGCAGCCAUCGGUUAUAACACCUACGGGGUUUCUGAAAGAGUGCUAUUGCUGUCGCGAAAGUUUUCUGAAGGAAAAAAUCAUUACUCUUUCUCAUUGUUACGAUCCUGAUGGCACCCGAUUGACUUCUCAAGACAUGGCCACCAUGGAUAUUCGUUUGCGUGAGCCUACCGAUUGCAAGUGUUUCAAAUGUGGAGAUUUUACUAGAUAAAUUAUUUAGAAAAAAAAUCAAUGUAAAUUCGAUUAGAGAAAAAGUGUUUCAGUGAAAAGCUUGAUUUAAAUAAAAGGUAGUAAAAUAAUAAAAGAAAUAAAAUUAAAAAAAUUCUUAAGAGAA